CUCAGUCGCUGCCUGACGCUGGUCCAGUGCGGACCCAUGUUUUCCUCGUCGUGUUCCAAGUUCGAUUUCAUUUCAGUGAAUCUUUUUUUUUAUACUCGUUCGCAUUUUUCUUUUGUCAGUUUUCAAUUGACAAAUUGAAUUUCUUUGUUUUUUAAAAAUAUUCUAUUUUGGGGAGGACGUUCUGCUACACCCAACAGGUGGCUCACAGUGUGUUUGUGACAACAACAUAAAAACGCCCCCUUGAUUUUUUCUUGAAUUCUAUCGUCGACAUUAACGUUCGAGUAAUCUCAAAGUGUUGCUGCUGCAUCAGAAAAAAAAAGGACAUAACAUUUUCUAUUGUGAAAGAGAAGCGCAGUGUCGUCCAUAUGUGUGUGCAUGUGUAAUCUUAUCCUCAGUUUCAAGACCCACCAUCUUUUUCUUUUUUUUUUUUUGCUCUUGUUUGUUUCUUGUCAAACAUCCGCCUUGUUUAUUCAAUUCUCUUUGAUUCCCCCCAAAUUUUUUUUUCUCCCUUUUUUCUUGGAACUCGUCAAUGCUCAGUCGACUGUUGGAUUUGUUUUCUUCCCUCCACUCAUUUCUUUUCUUCUGUGUCUACUCGUUUUUUUUGAAAACACACAUUAUCCGAGAAGUGAGUGACACAUGAAAGAUCUUUUCGGCACAUGCCCACCAGAGAGAAAGAAACCGAAGUGUGUGUGUGUCCUUCCGGAGUUAGCGAACUGAAAAAAACACGCUCCUUACAUUAGGAAUUGAUAAAUCAAGAAAAUAAAAAAGAAAAAAUUCAACAUGUUGUUGAAUAACAACGGACCGAGCGACACUGUUGUCCAACCAGCAGGAGGCGUCUUCCGGCGGCAGAAGCAACAAGAGCCCGAACGGCACAGCAAUAACAACAGCAGUAAGACGAAGAAGAGCGGCAAGAGCGCGUCGGCUGGAGGUGGCACGUCGUCUGUUCGCAAUUCGUGGUCUUUUACGAGCGAUUUGCCGAUGCAAGUGCCUACGGUGGCCACCGUCAAAGAGAACAUCUACGUCGAUCCGGAGACGCUGAUCAAUGCCAAUGGAGAGCUAAAAGCCGUUUCGCGUUCCAGACUGCGACAAAGGAGCGUGUCCAACUUGAACGCGGCCGCCUUGGCCGGAACGAGAGAACGUCGUGAUCACAGCUCGUCCAAUCGCCAUCAGAAUGGGGGCACCAUGGCUAAAGGUGUGGACUACAUCCGCAUCCAUCAGCCGACUCCGGUUCGGGCCGCCUUAGCAGCUCAUCACCAAUCCAUCGAUCUGACGACGGCCUUACCCCCAGCCACGAACGUAGUUGACCUGCAGAUUCAAGACAGAUCUGAGUACGGAAAUCCGGAUGGCUCUUCGGCUCACUCGACGGCCGAACGGGACAGCGGAGUGGUGGCCAACGUCAAACCUGCAGAUCAGACUGGAUUGCUUCAUCCAGUCAUGGAUUUGUACCAAGCCAUCAAUCAAAAUCAAUCGAAUGAUUACAAGAUCAUCCAGGGUUAUGUGAUCCAGCCGGAAAUGGGCGCCGAUGGUUGCGUGAACCGAGACUCGCAACAACACGCUCAUCCGGGCCAAGCGGCCAACGCGCCCAUGGUGCGACACGGUUCCGGACGUGGAUCAGCAACAAACGCACGUGGUUUCCCAUCGUCAUCUUCAUCAUCGGUCGGAUCGACUGGCAAAACGUCGGCGGAAGUAGUUCACCGGAAACCCGCAGCUGCUGGUAGUCCGAUGCCGACCAGUACGGGACCGAAUGCCGUCAAAACCGAGUGGACCUUCCUUCCGUCGCCUACAGCGGCCAGCGAACCCCAACACCGUGAAAUCAACUCCAAACCAGAGGAAUCUUCGAUGGUGCGCAAAGGUCUACUAUGGGUCAUGCGCGAUCGUCUUUUCUCCCGUUAUCACGAACGAUUUUGCAUCCUGACUCGAAACUACUUGCACUGCUUCAAGAAAGGCUCCGAAGCCAGUUUGACUCAAAUGGGAAACUUCUUGUUCAAGGUGAACUUGGCCGAGGUGAUUGCCGUCCAAUGGCUGGACAAGAGGGGGACAGCUAUUGUAUGCUUAACGCUGGCCAAAGAGGGCCGCCUCCUGGUCAAGACCUCUAUGGAUCUCAACGGAUGGUUCGACGAUUUACAGUGUUGCGUCAAAGAAACUAUCGGUCGCCGCCAGACAUUGUUAAUGGACCAGCGAGGAAGAGCUGAAACUUUCACGUCAUCGUCCGUGUCCGUUGCUCAGCAACAACAGCCGCAACAACAACAACGACCUGCUCCAGUCCAAUCGGUUUAUCGCGAUCGGAGUCUGGCAGCCAGGGACAACAAUAAGCCAACCAAUCGAUUCUCUCUGAUGGUUGACCACGAAGUGAAAUUGACAGGGACCGGCGGCAGUACUUCAGAUCAUUCAGACUAUGGGCUGAAUAAUAGUGCAGUAUUAACAGCCGAACCUCAGAGUCUAGGAAACUAUAACGCCGUUCCGGCUCAGGUGGCGUCUUCAACUCCGCCACCGGCCGCACCCGGUCCUCCCGUUCCAGUCCCCUAUCGAGAGCGUUCGGUGAGUUUCGACCGAUCGCGCGUUUCCAAAGCCGAGAGAGAAGCCAAACGGAGAUCCUACUACCCCAGCAAUCACGUCACCCAAGUGUGAAAAACAAAACAAAAUGACUGCAGACAAACAAAUCAAUAAUAUUUUCGAGUCUAAAAGAUGAAAACUUACCGAUUCAACACGAUACGGCUUAUGGACGAAGCCGUGCAAUGUUUAUAUAUAUUAUGUGUGUAUCCGCUUAUCCGAUUUAAAGUCGUUGACAGAGAGUUAAGAAAAAAAAAAGUGGGGGAGAGGAAUAAUCAUUAUCAUGAAAUCUGAAUAUGUUAUGUCUAGUCAUAUAGGAGCCUCUUUUUUAAAAAAACAAAAUGCGAUGUGCGGCCCUUUCUACGUCUUUUUUGGACAAAAUGUAAUAAUCUUUCACUAAACAUUCACCCCCCUUUUUUUUUAAAUUAACCUUACAUAAAAAAAAAAAAAAAAACAGUUUGGUCAAGUCAUUCCGUUUGUGACAAGAAUGUGAGUCGUUAAAUAAUAAUACACUGUGUAUCAUUUUGA